GUUCACUAGUUAAGACGAAAAAGAGAAGCAGCAUCGAACCAUCGCAACCCAAACAUGAAAGUUCAUCACGUUUUGAUCGGCUUCUUCUUUUUCACUCUGCAGGCUGGAAACAUUGGUGUUCAUGCAGGACGCCGCAUCCUAACAGGAACUGAAGGAGGAAGUAUUACAGUCGCAUGCUCCUUCAUGUUCGCCGGAGACAGGAGGUUCUUCUGCAAGCAAGAAUGUGAAGAAAGCAUUCUCAUUGAAACGACAAGUGACAGAGAUGAAAAUGGCCGAUACAAGGUUGAAUAUAGCAAGACAUUUUAUCUCUCCUAUCCAGUUCUGUAUGUGACCAUCACACGGCUGAGCAAGUCUGAUGCAGGACCGUACGUAUGCGGUCUGGGUAAACCUUUGUUUCCCGAUUCACAGGAGGACUUUGAGCUCGUUGUCAAAGAUGGAAUUUCUCCACAACACCGACCUUUUUCAACACCAGCUUCCACAGCAAUGAUGACUCCGAGUUUAAGCUCCAGUUUUGGAAGUUUGACAUCUUCACCAGCCUUGCCUGAAAUCACUGAGCAGACUGAGAGAACAACAGCACCACUUGGUUCAGUUCCAACCACUUCAAAACCAAACUGGACUCUCCAAACUUUUCCAACAUCUGCCUCCACACCAACGACGACUCAGCAUUUAAGCUCCAGUUCUGUACGUUUCACAUCUUCAUCAGCCUCGCCUGAAACCACCGAGCAGACUGAGCAGCAGCAGACCGAGAGAACAACAGCACCGCUUGGUUCAUGGAACCUGCUGUAUGUGGGCUUUGCACUGCUUAUGAUGAUGGCGGUGUUGUUAGUGUUUGGGCUGUUGUUCAGAGCCACCAGAUACAAAGAAUAUCUGUUGAAAGCUGAGUACUCUCGGGGCAGAUAUAUAGACCUGAACGGAGACAACGACCGCACCACCGCAGCAGGUUCUCAGAACCAAGUAGGCUACAGAAGACUCGAACACCACCACUUUGCUCCACAGCGUCCCCACUGAUGCCAGCAGCGACGCCAACUACUCUGAAGUGAACAACAAGCAAGCUUCACCGCCUCUGUAAUCUAUUACUUUUCCUCAGCAGAGUCACUCUCUGAGGUCUGUGGAGUAAAUCUGUUUUGACUCUCGUAGUCUGCUUCAGCUCAGAGCUGCUUUUACUUUUUAUUUAGCUCAUCUUAAAUGACUCAAGUACAAGUUGAUUAUUUUUGUAGUAGUAGUUGAAGUUUAGUGAUGACAGAUGACCCACAGAAUAUUUGCUAUCUGGCUGCAGUCAAAUAUUUUCCUACAGCACAGAGGUCAAGAACAUUGUUUAUAAUUAAGUUUUUUUAAUUUAACAGAAGUUAUUUUGGUUCAUUCACAGCAAACACGUGGAUUUAAUUUAGUCUCCUCCAAACAUGCACUGAAAAAGUAUUUUUAACAAAGGCAGGACUUUUGUGUGAGUUAAAUUUAAAGAUUCUCUGCACACAAAACAUUUGAUCAAAUCGACACCUGUUAAAUUCAACAUAAAAUACAAAUAUAAUGAAGUUCACAUUCAGCUCACAGUGAGGAGAACUUACCAAGCUAAUCCAGCCACCUGACAGGUGUGUCGUAUCAAGAUGCUGAUCAGACUUCAUGAGGGCAAUGAACACCAGCCAAUAAGAGGCAGCGUUGUAAUUUAUUGGAGUUAUGAGCGAGUUAUGUUGCUAACAGUCAGACAGCUCUGCAAAAAUGAUUUAUUUCUCUUAGAUUUAGUUUUCUGUGUUUGUUAGCAUUUCUUCUUUGCCAAGAAAAUCCAUCCACCUUUUUCAAGCGUGCUUUUAUUGUGACAGUCCGAGGCUCAUGACACACCUGUGUCAAACAAAACUCAGAUUUUAAUGAACCUCCAGCAUUUCUUAUAAAUAUUGUCAGGCGUGACUGCAGCAGGAUCACAUCAUUGUGGCACGUCACAUCACAGCAUCAGGGUUCUGCACUGUGCCAGGUGUGACACUAGAUGGCGAUGAGCACUUUGGCAGUGAAGGACGUCAAAGCUUCAGAAGGUUUAAUUCAAUGAUCAGACGUCCCCACAGAAACAAAGCUCUGCUCUUUGUUCACAGGACAGCUGUUACAAUCUUUGAUGCUUAUUCUGUUUUAUUAUUUUAUAUUAUUAUGUCUGUUUUAUCUCACAUUAGUCGACUCUGUUUGUUCAAAUUCUUUAAUGUGAUUCUGUGAAGCGUUCGGGGAAAUCUGUUCUCCCGCUCAGUAUUGAUCAGUUACUGUUUGUAUUGAUUGAUUGAUUGGUAAACUCAGCUGUAAAUCAUAUGCAGGGACCGGCGGUCAUGUAACUGUUUCUGUGUUUCUGCUCAUUUAGUUCAUGUUGGGUUUCACUGCUCGUUGCACACAUCGGUCUGUAAAUCCUACCUGUGAUCACGUGACUUUACCUGAAGUGUCACCUUUGUGUCUUAAGAACUAUCCGAUAGUUUUAUCAUGAAAUGUUCCUUUGAAUCCUCUUAACUUUUCAUCUCUAGAGCAUUCAUCAGAUCCAAAGUGUAUCCGGGCGCAGAAUGUUGCUCUAAAGCAAAUUAUAUAUAAAAAUAGAUUAAAAUUUGAACAGCCUAAUGUUGUGCGCCUGAUUAUAAGUAUUGUAGACUUCAAAACAAAGGUGCAGAUGAUGUUUUUUAUUAAUGUCAAACUGUUCCUGAUGUUUUUAGUGCUCAAGUUUCAGGUCAAGCGUUGACUAAAGAUUGAUUUUGAAUUAGCAUAAAAGUCAAAGAUUGUUUCUAUUAGAUCAGGACUGAACUUCAGAUUACACUGAGGGUAAAGACUCGUUUGUUAUUAGGAUCCAGGUUUAGAGUCGGGACAUGAACUUGCAUCAGUUGCUGUUAGUCAGGGAUCAGGUUCAGGUUAGGAAAUAAAUGAAAGUGCAGAGAUGUGUGUGAUCCACAAGGAGAAUAAAGGCAGCAGGAUUCAUAAGCCUAAUGGGUCUAAUUGCCUUACAGGAUUUAUUGAUGUGUAAUUAAAUAAAACUGUUAACCCUUCGACAUCUCAUUCUCCAUUAG